UUUGGCGGGUAAACCUCAACUCUUGUUCUGAUCAGCUGGGAUAAUAGCACAAAAUAUCAUAGUUGAUUUGGGGCUCAGAUGAUACAUUUUGUGCACGGAUUAUAGUCACGGUGUUUAUUGAAACGAUCCAUAUGAUUCGUUGAUCGGAUAUGUAGAUUUUUUGGGUGAAUAUUUGUCAUUAUUUCAGUUUUGCGGUAUUGCUUCCUGGGUGUGUUGACCAAAACGAGUGGGUGAAGAACUGAGUUUGCUAGUACUGUAUCUCGCUAGUAUGCUAACUUGCCCAAAUUGUGUCAUUUUGAAAGAACGCAUUAUAUAAAUCAGGUUAUUUAUUCUUCCAAGGGAAACUAGACGUUCUGGGUAGUGCAAUUUUGUUAGGAAGUGUAAUAAGUAUUUAGAUUCGUUGACUUGUUGUAGCUGAUGUUUUGCUUGUGAGCUUCGUAUGAAACUGAGUUGUGUUCAAAGUUAACCCUGAAGCGAACACAACCCAAUUUCUUGGCUAACUAUACUAGCAAGCCAGCUAGUUAACUAACUCGCUCAACUUUUCUAGGUCGUUGGAUACAGUAUUCAAUUAACUCUGUUCGCUAGCAACACAGUAAACAAAUUAUUAUCAUUAUGUUUACAAUUUGCUCCAAACUAACGUUGAUGUAAAUCAACGUUAGCUACAGUAAAUAACUAGUUAGCUAACGACAAUGGACAAAGGGAAGGAGUUGCUAUAUGUGGCCUCGCCGCAGUCAUUGGAAAGAUGAAAAUACCUAAUGUUAGUUAGAAAAACUUCGCAGCAAGUUAGCACGCUAGCUGACCUUGGUGGUGGUUUAUUACACUUUUUUCAACUAUCAAUAUACCAUAAGUGUUGCUGUAUUGUAUGGUUUCAGACUAACUACUGUAUAUUAGACUGAAGCUGUCAGAAACCUCAACCACUGUCUCAACGUUAUUUUAUAGCUCGCUAAUUUGUAGGAAUCACGCCCUAUAUUUGACCUUUGACCAUACAUUUUCGAAUGAGUCAGCUUUGUUGGAGCUUGAUUGUCAGCAAGAUACUGUUAAUAUUAGACAUGUUUAACCUCAGUAUUUGAAAGCCAACUCUUUCAAUACAUUUACACUAUUAUGCACAUACAUUAGAGAUGACAUAUGUCAAAAGGUGCUAAUACUACCAUACCAAGCCAUUGGACUUGAAUUCUGCCCCAACACGAUCUAGGGGACUAGAGCACCCCAGUUGUGUGUGCGAUGUCAGAAACGCUCCUAUCAGGUCAGACGUCGGAGGAUCUAUUGGUAGACUUUGAGACUCUUCUGAAUGCUGGGAGUAUUGGCCUCUCAGAGGACCACCAAAUAGUCAUAAUCUCCACUCCCAGCAAUGUGGGCUUCAACUCUGCAGUCCCCAGCAACACUGGAGAGAUCCUUCUGUUCGCCACCCCCCAAGGCCCUGCAGAUGUGGUCCAGGACCAGCGACGGCCAACUCUGGGACGACCACCGGUGAAGAGGAAGCUGGACUUGGACAGUGAUCACCAAUAUGUGAGCACCUCUCGCCCCCCUUCUCUUGGGAGAAUCCCAACAUCCACACCAGCACCUCCUAGAGUUCCAAAGCCUUCGACAGAGAAGUCUCGCUAUGACACGUCUCUGAACCUGACCACCAAGCGCUUCUUGGACCUGCUAGCCCAGUCUCCUGACGGGGUGGUGGACCUCAACUGGGCCUCGCAGGUCCUGGAAGUGCAGAAGAGGCGCAUCUAUGACAUCACCAAUGUCCUGGAGGGUAUCCAGCUCAUCUCCAAGAAAUCAAAGAACAACAUACAAUGGCUGGGGAACCGUAUUGAUGAAGCGUCUGUUUCCCGUUACCAGGACCUACAGAAAGAGGUCUCUGACUUCACACAGGCGGAGGAGAAACUGGACGAGCUCAUUACCAAGUGUAACCUUCAGCUGAGACUCCUCACUGAGGAUACCCAGAACAAGAAGCUGGGUUAUGUGAUGUGCCAGGAUCUGCGGAAGUCUUUUGACUCUCCUGACCAGCUGGUGAUGGUAAUCAGAGCCCCUCCAGAGACCCAGAUGCAAGUCUCAGAGCCCAGUGAGGGCUAUCAGGUCUCCCUGAAGAGCACUCAGGGUCCCAUCGACGUCUUCCUGUGUCCAGAGGACAGUUCUGGUGUCUGCAGCCCAGUGACAGGCAUCAGCCCAACUAAAGCCACAGACCAGACAAUGCCCCAGGAUGCGGAACAACCACAGUGCAGCACCACACAGGAAAUGACAUCAACAGCUGCGUCCCAACAGAACUCCUCCCCUCUGCCAUUAUGUCGUGAAGCGGAAGCAUUCCUGGAAGGCGACCCGUUCCCCAACCUGGGAGUACUGCCGGACUUUGACCUUUCACCCCUGCCGUCCUCUGACUUCCUCGGUGGGGAGUGCUUUGGGAACCCACUGGAUGGCUUCAUCAACCUGUCACCUCCACAGAGCCAAGACUACCACUUUGGUCUAGAGGAGCACGAGGGCAUCAGCGAACUGUUUGACUGUGACUUUGGGGACCUGACCCCACUGGAGUUCUGACAAUGUGGUGGAAAGGAAAACCCAAAGAACUAGAAUGAGGUUCUGUUUCUAUGGGAACACACCAUACCAUCUCAGAACAAAGAAGCAUACCCAAGUGGUUAAAAUACAGAAUUGUACAGCACAGACUGUACUAGCACUUAAGUUGCUUAGCAAAAUAAUUUAGUUUUAGUUGGCUAUUUAAUUUAUUUAUAUACAAAUCAUGUUUUUGUACAGCUUUUUUUUUUAAAGUGGUUUGCAGGUGUAUUUGUGGGAUAUGGAUGUGAUUAUCAGCUGGAAUAUUAGCAUGUAAUGCUAAUAAUGAAUUUGUUAUAGUAGACAUUUUAGCCAUAGUCUCAGGUGUAAGGAACAGUGACUUUUACAGUAAGAGUUGGAGUUCAGAUGCAUUUUAUAAAGUCGUGCAGUAUGUUGGCAAAUGGUAAUGGGAGGAUAUACACUGAGUGCACAAAACAUUUAAGAGCACCUGCUCUUUCCGUGACAUAGGUCAAUCCAGGUUAAAGCAAAUUUAGGAAGGUGUUCCUAAUGUUUGGUAUGCUCUGUUUAUAUUCCCAAGAUUGUUUUAUUUCCCCUCAAGGUGUUAUUUAUUUCUCUGACCUGUGGGUGCCUAUUACAAACCCUCCCAUAAGCUAAUUACAAGGCACACACACAUUAUUGGUCGGACUGUCUCAGCCUUCAAUUUGAUUCUCUUGAAAUGGCAGCUGAACUAAUAGUAAUUUUUUAAUGUGAGGUAUUUUGUUUAUUUUGUCAUUAUCAUGAACCUCAUCACAACUCUUUUCUGCAAGACUCAUGUAGUGCCUUAUAAAAACAAACAAAAAACAGUCAGGAUGUCUGGUGGAUGGAUUGAAUUCAGGUGUUAUGCUGUGUGUAAAGUUGAGGUGUUUAUGAAAGUGUUUGAUUUGAAUUUCUUAACCGCACGUUGUGGAUUACUAUUUUGGGGGGCAGUCAGGCUACUGUUCUUGAAAAUUCAGCCACUGCUAACAACGUGCAAGGGAAACAAGGAAACUGAGCUGCAGUCAAAAUUAUAAUGUUCUGUGCUUUGUUUUAUAACAAUGUUACAAGAUUAACAUUUUUGCCACAAAUUCCGUGGUAAAAGUAAUUACUUGUAACAAAUGGUUUCAAGCAUGUGCUUUGCCUCAACUUAGUUUUUUAAAGAAUAAAAACAUUUUGAUUUGACCCUACAAAAUGUGUUAAAAGCAAGUUCUGCAGAGAAUAGGUAUGUCAACUAAAAUAUGACUGAAGUUCAGUGAGGCAAAGCAGAGGUACUGAUGAGACUGUACGUUCCAAGCAUUCCUAUAUGGCUUGUCAUAAAUGUACAUCAGUAACAAGGCCUUGAGCAAUGAGUCAAUCAUCGGUUGACUGUUAAUUUUCUAGUGGAACAAUGUCUCUUAAGAAUUGAUAAAGAUGUUUAUCUGUAUGAGGGGAUGUGCAGUACCUGUUAAUUUAUGUUAUGCUAUGCUAUGUUGGCCCCUCGCCAUUGUCCCCUCCCAAGAUUGUAGCAGGUCAUGUCUCAUUUGCCUACAGUGUCUUGGCACAUAGUUUUCUCUCAUCACAGACCGGUUCAGAGCAGUCUGUCCCUGGAACCUCAAACAACGAGGGGAAUUAAGACAUGCUCACCAUGCGAUACACACACCAGCAGCAAACUGGUCUGUUUGAUCAGUUUCUCACAGCAGGAAAAUAAUCCUGCAGCAACAGGAAAUGUGGUUUAUAAUUCAUCAACAUUUUUAUAGAGGAUACAUUUUUCAUUAGGGUAAAUCACAUCUGACAUUUUUAAGUGGAAAUUACAAAAUGUUGAAGCAUUUAUAAACUAACUGUCCAGUGUUUCCAAAUUUCUAUGAAAUAUUAUCUAUUACUUACAAUAUAAGUGAAAUAGUUUUCCUUUCAAGAAAUGCUAAAUUAGUGUCAAAAAGCAGCUUCUCUGUGUUGGAUUGGUGUAGGCGUACCCCAACAGAAUGGUGUGGAUGCAUACCGGUCAUUAACAAUGCAAGCCGGCUGCUGAUUGGCCAGCUCAUAGUAUUUUUUUAAACGUUCGCUUCGAGAUACAAGUUUGAAGUUGUUUUUUUGAAGUGUUAUUUUUCUCCCAUUUAUGCUUUGGCCACAAAUACGAGUAUAGGACGAGUCAACAGCAUUAUUUAGGUUUGAGUUAACAGACCAUUAACUUUUCAAAGUGAGAUUUUCACUGGACAGUUAUUUUAAACCUUGAAUACACUCUGCCUUUGAUUUUCCUGCUGUGCAUCUAUACUACUUGUCUUUCUCAUAUGUUCAGAAACUUUAGUGUACAGUAGAUAAAUAAAUGCAUAUAUUGAUA